CUCGAGUGUUGGUGAUGAAGAAAAGCUGCGUACUAGCCACGGCACGCCGUCGACGCCGAGGCCGACCGUCAAACGGCGCAAGGUAGCCACCACCGCCACGCCGGAGAAGAAAACCAAGCUGCGACUGCUGGUGGACGGGAAGCCCACUCGUAUGCAUUGCAAAAGUAUCGUAUUCGUAUAAAUGCAUAUACAAAUUUCCUCAGCGUGACUGAGAGAUGUAGUUCGGAUUCGCCUAAAGAAAAAGAUUUGCAUAUGCAUGAUUGCAAUACGAAUACGUUACUUUUGCACAGGAUAACGCGGCUCGGACAGCAGCUCGCGCUCGACAUUUCGCCGCAGGACCUAUCAAAUGCAAAAAUGUCUGGGUCUGGAAGAAUGCAAGAUUUGUCAUGCAGAUUUCUCAUGAUAGAUCCAUGAUGCCUAUGAUGCAUGCAGUAAUCUGAAUUGCUUCGUGCUGAGUUGCUUUUUUGACUUUUUUUUGUGCAGUUUCUGGCGCGAUCUGAAUUGUCACAAUAUAGCUCAUACCUUCGGACUUCGUCUUUGCUCAGUUUUCUUCGUUAAUCCUUUCUGUCUUGCCGCUGUUGGUUUCACGUAUGACGGGCGGCGCGUCAUAUCCCGCAAUAUUAGCCGCCGCCUUUUCGGGGUCGUCAUCACGUGAUAAUCAUGUGAUCAUCACGUGAUGAAGACAACUCAGAUUGGCUUAUGAGCAACAAAAGUCAUGUGAUUAUCACGUGACUACUCAUGUGAUUAUCACGUGAUCCGAGCAGGCCUGUUUGAGGCCCAAGGCUUUCGCGCGCACUUGUUCAUGGCCAAACACGUAGCGCAAAGAGGAAGAAGCUGCAAGCGCUGCGCUCUAGCGCGGCCAGUUUGCGAGGGCCCAGCCAUGGAAUGCUCUUCCGAGGGCUGGACAUCGUUGCGUGUGUGGCGGGCGGCGCAGUGUUACGAGAAAACUGCCGCAAGCCGCCCGCUCUAUUUCGGAACGCCUCGGGCCCGGCAUAACGCUUGCGGGCGGCCUUCCCCCCCCCGCCCCCCCCGGGCCCUCUUUCGCAUUCUGGCGCGCAUGCGAAAUUAGGGUGCGCGCGCUGUUUAUUUUCGUCUUUGCUUUAGAGCAACGCUCUGCGGAAAACGUCGACACGCACACAGCCCGUCGCGCAAUAGGCCGAGCGCCCGCGCAAGCCUCCCGCGCUACCGGCCUUAGCCCCUACUUACUAUGCGAGGCGCCUUUAAGGGUGCUGGGCAUUUCCGUGGACUACUAUUUUCUUGCUCCAAAUAAAGCUGUCAGGCACUGUGGUCGCAAAAUAUAUUGUCGAGCCACCGCGCUGGGCUGCUUUGUCUUUGUGCGCUGAGUUGCUCCAUUCUGUGACAAUUCAGCUGCUGCGCUAUUCUUUCCGCUUGGGGGCAAAUACGACACAAGGCGCGCCAUUUCCGCUUUUGAGGAAAUUGGCUCCUGAAGUGCUUCGCUCGCUGUUUUCAGGCUUUCGCCAUACGAUACGACGCAAGCUUUGCUCGGAACUUAAUUCGUAUUCGGGUACAAUUCAGACUAUACGACAACUCAGCGUAGUGCAUGCAUGACUAAGCAUCACAGAUUUUUAGAGGGCUUACUGAUGCACCUUCCGCAUGAAAAAUGCCCUGUCCGUGUAGCACAAACCGGACCCCUCUUGCUGCUGGUCAUGCAAUUUUAGAGUCCAAAAACAUCAUGACAAGUUGCAUUCUUCCAGACCCAGACAUUUUUGCAUUUGAUAGGACCUGCCGGGCCGCAAAAUUCGCCGGGUGGGCUUUCGCCCCCGGGGAAACCGGAUCCGGAUCCCCAUCAAUCUGAACGGCCCCAGCUCCGGCAUCGUGGAGGACCCGGUGAAUGUGUAUCACACCACCACCACUACCACCACUACCACCACCACCGCCUCCUGUGUGGAAAACGACGUCCUGACAUACGGGGCGGACGCCGCAAACUACCGUGGCUGCCAGACGCGCACCAUAGAAGGCCAUCUCUGCCAGAAGUGGUCGACGCAGUCACCGCACACGCACAACUACGGUGGAACCACGGACCACGGGUUGGGAGAUCACAACUACUGCCGCAGUCCCCCGGCCGCGAACGUGCCAACCAUCUUCUGCUACACUGCAGAUCCCAAUCACAGGUUCGGUACUUGUACUACCCUGACCACGACCACAACGGCGUCCUGUGACGAAAAUUUGUACGACGAAAAAGGACAGAACUACCGCGGCUGCCAGACCGUCACCAUCUCGGGAUACCCGUGCCAAAAGUGGACGGAUCAGUCGCCCCAAACGCACACCAACACCCUUGCGCUCCGGCCUGGCACAGGGGUGGGAGACCACAACUACUGUCGGAACCCGCCGGCCACCCCUCAUUACUUGCCGUUUUGCUACACACUGUACAGUGGCAAAAGGUUCGAGGCGUGUAAGCCCUUGCGCAAGCCGGAUGACAUCACUCCCUAUGAGGGAGGGUUCGGAACGGUGACGACAGCCGGCGACCAUCCUUUCGUAACAGGUGAGGGCACUACCGCGAUAGCGCAAAACAUACUCGACGAGAAUCAUAAUACAAAUUUCCACUCGACCACUCUGCGCUGUCCCUGGUUGCAAGUGGAUCUCGGAGGGCUGUUCACGGUUACGAGGGUCGAGAUCAGCACGCUCAAAAGUACCAAUGGGGUUCUGCGACGGCUGUUCUUCAACACGGAGUUAUGGGGGCCCGAUGUGCUGGGGACAAACUCCGGUGUCGACACCGAUGCCAACGACAAGGGAAUGACGAUCUCCGUCUCUCCUGUCCGCCGGUCGCACAGCGCCAGCUGCAAGAUCCUGCAGGGGACCGCCGCCACGGAUGCGGGCUACGUGGACGGCGCCUGCGUGCAGAUUGGAAAUCCGGCCUGCCCUGCCCAAAACGAGGAUGAGAUCUGCGAUACGUUAAAGUACGACAGCGGGAAAGGGUGGGAUCGCUUCGCCGUGUAUAAUGCUGACUUCCUGGAUGCUGCCCGGAGCUCCACAAUUGGGACCGCUUCCGUGGAGUGCGCAGGGGGUAAGCCGGGCCGGUACGUGGUACUGGAAUUGCCCGGCGCUGCCGCGGGGGAGUUCCGCAUACUGCAAAUUACACAGGUGCGGGUGUUUGGCAAGAGGCUCGCGACCAGUGUAGAAGUUGCUACCGCCCCUCCUCCCAGUACCAGUGUGGCGCACGUGGUCACCUCCGCGACGACCUCCGCGACCAUCGCCCCGGCGCGGAAGUGCCUGUGCCCCAACGGGAUCCCUUCGGAAGGAUUUGCUUGCGCAGUGCAUGGAACGCCCGACUGCGUGGCCUGUCGUCCCGGAUUCCACCUGUACGCAAACCGGCAGUACUGCGGGAAAAACGGGUGGAACCGCUACGACGGCCCCGCCUUUAUGUAUUCGGAUCGCUUCCGGCACGUAAGCAUUGCAAAUAUGUCUGGGUCUGGACGAAAGUUAAGUACGAACGUGUAUUAGUGCUGGUCUUACAUUUUAAUUUUUACUGUGCUAAUAUCUGGCGUGUCGUAAAAAUCUAAAUAUAUGCAAAAGCGCAGUUCCUCAUGCGGUGGACUGCGUAUGGAAAUUUGUCAUUCUUGACUGCAUGACUCGGAAGUCGUGUGUUUGUCGUUCACAGUUCAGCACAUCACAAGUUGAAGUUUCCAGACCCAGACGUAUUUGCAUUUGAUACCAGACUCUGUCCUACGACGCGCGGGCGUCUACCGUGCGCCUGCACAGGCCGCUCCGGCUUCCCAGCGGCGACUUGGCAUACCCCAUCCCCGGUUUGGUGGGAGUGCGCAACACCCGCGACCCCGCGGCAGAUCCGACCGAAACGCAGAUCGUGUCGCCCAUCUGGGACUACUUUCUUCCCCGCGCAUCUAUCUCACAGAAAUGCCUAAAACACCCGAGUCGGGUACAAGUAGUUGUACUAGGCACAAGGAUUAGGUGCUACACUACUCGCCACGCACGCCCAUACCAUACCAUACACAUGCAGGGUGUAUACGUUUAUUUGUAACGCAAAAUUAAAAAUACCAGUAGAAAAAUCUGCCAUGGGCGUCGACUCCAUAGCAUAGACACUGUGUAGGACAUGAUGCAGUGCCGAUUUUUUUGGUCGAUUUGUCUCCGCAUAUACAGACAUGCCGUGCCUGUCACUGUCUUUUUCUGUUGGAUAAAGUCGGGUAGUGGGCAGUUCGAACAGGUCGCGCUCACGAUCAAGUGGAACGACCAAGGCUGGGGGAGGCAAAAAGUAUUUCUCAUUGUGCGCCUGCACACCUCGCUGCACAACGUGAUUGCGGAAGACCUCGUGGGUCCGGUAUGGAAGCGUCAGGAUCGAAAUGAACAAAGUUGCGAUAAUUUGCCAUGCAUAACCAAAUGCAAGGCUGCAUGAAGUGCCUGAGAAGCAGAGAUGGCCGCAAGCGAGGUCAAUUGUAAGCCUCUAAUAGAGGGGCUGCGGAGAUACUGUUGCUAAAGCAGCCUGUGAAAGAAGCAGUCUGCUGUAGCCAAAACGCAUGACAAACAGGAUUUCUGUCAUGGCUCCAAAAUUUAUUGUCAUGCGCCGCUUAGAAAUUGGGAUGAAAAUAAGCAAUAUAGGUUUAUUUUAUGCAUAAAAACAAAGAAAACUCAACCUUUUUCAAUUUCGAUCCUGGCGCUUCCAUACCCGGCGCCGCACGAGUACUCCAAGGACGGGCAGCGCCGCGGACCCUGCACGACCUGCACCACCGACUACGAUUACGGGGGCGACACCUAUCUGCUCACCUACCACGGUUUUAGCACCGUCUCCAGUGCCACCGGCGGGAUGUUUUACCGGCUCUACGCCCUGAUCCCGCAGGGCACGGAGAACAAGUUCCGCAUGCAGAUUCACGGCAUUCACAUGCACGCCAAGCCGUGGGCGACCGGGAUUCCCGACACGGCCGCCCGCUACAUGUUCGCAAAAAGCGUCGUGAGCGGGCCCCUGCCUGCCACCACGCGACAGUACAACCAGACGACGCCAGGUUUCGUGCCCAAGGAAGAUGCGAUCUAUCCAAGCGUUCUGGAUCCCUUUGUCCAAGACCAGCACAGAGGAGGGCUCAAUCUCGCAACGGACGUCACGACCUCUAUGCAUUGCAAAAGUAUCUUACUCGUGUAAAUGCAUGAGGACAAAUUGCCUCAGCAUUACAAAUUAUUUUUGUAAAUGCGGAUCUGCCUUAACAGCCUAGAUUUGUAAUGCAUAAGUGCAAUUUAUUAUUACGAGUGCGAUUAUACUCUUGCACUGCAUAACCUCGUCCCGGCAGCAACAGCGUUUUCGCCUGGGAGACGACGCGGAGUUCUCUUAUCAGGUGGACAUAUGAACAAGAACAAGGCAUGGUACGGAAUAGGUGCAGUUCCAUCGUGUUUCGUGUUUUUGCUCUAAAAGGAAUUGAAAAAGUAACAACAGAAGAUCCUAAAGGAAGCUCUUUUAAAGUAACGCACUACAUAAAAUGGUAGACACUUGACACACCGAAAGGGGAGGUUGUUGGUCUCCGGUCCUCGGUCCUCAGUCCAUCGCGAGGUAAUAUAUGAGGAGAGAAGAAGGGAGAAGCGCCAGACACAUAAGAAGGAGGUUGUUGGUCUCCGGUCCUCGGUCCUCACUCCAUCACGAGGUAGUAUAUGAGGAGAUAAGAAGGGAGAAGCACCAGACACAUAAGAAGGAGGCUGUUGGUCUCCGGUCCUCGGUCCUCACUCCAUUACGAGGUAGGAUAGGAGGAGAUAAGAAGGGAGAAGCACCAGACACAUAAGAAGGAGGUCGUUGGUCUCCGGUCCUCGGUCCUCACUCCAUCGCGAGGUAAUACAUGAGGAGAGAAAAAGGUAGAAGCACCAGACACAUAAGAAGGAGGCGGUUGGUCUCCGGUCCUCGGUCCUCCGUUCAUCGUGAGGCAAUACCUGACGAGAUAAGAAGGUAGAAACACCAGACACAUAAGAAGGAGGCUGUUGGUCCCCGGUCCUCGGUCCUCAGUUCCUCGCGAGGUAAUACGUGACGAGACAAGGAGGUAGAAGCACCAGGCACAUACGCAGGAGGGUGCUGCCCUUCGGUCCUCGGGCCUCAGUUCAUCUCGAGGCUAGCAAUAUAUGGUGGGGCAAGAUAGAAGGUAGAGGCACCAGGCACAUACCACCUUGCUGGGCGUUUCGCAGUGCGGGUGGAAAAAUGAGGGCAGGCAUUUGCUUGUCGUUUCGCGGAAGAUGGUGCUCGUUGCUCUCGAGCAUGCGCAUCAUCUCCCGCAGGCCGCGGGCAGAUAUCUACAGCUGCCGGGUCCUACGUGGUCCCGUGAAGCCGAAGCAAGCGGAGGAAUCUCCCGGCUCACCGGAAGAGCCUUCCGGUUCCGUUUCCGGUUUUGCCGUCCGAAGUGCUUCUCUUUCAUCUUCUAAAGUCGCGAAGCUGCGACUUUGUGUGUGAUUUCGCCUACCCGGCAGCUUUAGCGGAUUUUUAGAAGCCUCGAAGCUGCCGCGUGGGCGAAGGAAUAAAUUAGAAGAAUUUCAGAGGCGGAACUAGAGGGCAGAACCAAAGGCAUUGCUACAGGAUUGCUCAGAGGCCUACUCAGAGGCCAUACCAGAAAUGGACCACCAGGAGGCAGCUACUUGUAGCGCAGCACUGCGCAGCCGCCCUCGGGUUGUUGAAGCGACCACCUCAGCACCGCCCGCAUUUGCAAAAGCUGAGGCGGCCACUUCGACCAUUGGGACGGCACGUGCUCCGCUGCAUGUUCUCCGCUGCGCGCGCGCACCAGCGCGCGCCGCGAGCUUUUUUUCAGUUUGCGCGCGCGCGUCGCGCGCUUGAAGCGUUUUCUGUUGUUGCAUCCGUAUGCCGAUCCACGCGCGCCGCGCGCGCCCAAGAAAUAUCUGUCGCUCUGCUUCAUUCUGUUCCAGCUACACCGCAGAAACCACGCAGAAACCCAGCUGAGAAACCGCAGCAAGCAAAACAGAUUUUUUUUCGCCAGGGCGGGGAAGUUGUGGCCUUAGAUUUUUGAAGUCCGAAAAGGGAACACUGGUCGGGUCCGGAUGGGCCCGGCCAUCUGUGGAUACGGCCCGCCAGACGAACGGCCGCACCUACCCCCCUCCUUUUCGGUAUCGAAAAGAAGGCCCAUUAAUCGCGCGGCCUCUAAAGCAAAAAAAUAAAACUGAAAACAAAGGAGGACACAAAAAGAAGCCAAAAAAGUAGGGCGAAAAAGUAAGACGAAAAAAUAACAGCAAAAAAUAAAAACAAAAAAUGGGAACAAAAAGUAAGACACAAACUGAAGGCCAAAAUGCAAGAGCGUGAAAGCGCCCCCGAAUUAGAGCGCGGCAAAGGUCUCGCACACAAGGGCGACGCCCCGACGGCUUUCCCCCAAUUCCGGAAAUGCCAUGGGUGGGCGGCCGCAACACAACAGAGGGCAGCGAAGAGGAAAAGGGGGCGCAGCCAGAAGCGAGAGCCUGCCUGCGCCGGAAAUGGCGAAGACCGUAAAUUUUUUAGGCUUUGGGUAGGGCCGUCUCCGCAAGGCGCGGCCCAGCAAAAAAAACAAAGCACAUGGGCCGGCGCGAUUCUGAUUAGUGCGAUCAGCUUCAUGCCCGUAAUGGAUCAAGAUGGUCCCGCCACUUUGAAAUGGGCCACCCAAGUCCCGACCCGCGUGCCCUUCCUGAUCUUUCAAACCAGGUCGCGGCCGACAAGCAACUGAAAGGCGAGCCGCGGAAAAAAAAAACGAAGGCCGCGCGGGUCGUUUUCAUUUGAUUGGGGCGGAUACCUGCUGGGCGGUGCAGAAAUGUAUGCUGAAGGCUGACAAACCGGCUGGAUUUUGUUCAUUUCGCCCGUAACUAAUCGGACAGCCCGAAGCCAACCGGUCGGGGGUGGAAGCCGAAGGGGCCGGCGCAGAUACUGCCUCGGACCCUUCUCCCAGCGACAACGACGGACAGCAGCCCCCGGAGCCCCGGCCCGUCGCCUCGAAGUUCCGGCGAUGACGAAGGCGGCGCAGGCGGCUAGUGAUUUCGGUGGGCGGCCACCAAUCUGCCAGGUGGCGCGUUUCGUGUUGAAAUGCAGGGGGGCGCAAAGAACAACAGCGCGCGCGCGUGGUUCACAGCCUGGCAGAUCGCAAGCGAGGCCGGGCGCGCGCUGUGCGUCGCUAUCUUUGUUCCCGCGCAGUGAACCUCUUCGCCUUCAGAGCCAGGCGAAUCAAUGAAAGCCGUAAGACCCUGGCGCCGUAUGUGAGCGCGCGCGGGCUCACGUCCGUCGUGUCGCUCGGUUGCCGGUUGUGUGAUCAAAAGCAACGGGGGCCGGGGCGCCGCGGCGCUUCAGUUCGAAAGCAUGCACGGGCGCGCCCGCCAGCCAGGCGAGGAAAAAUGGCGGCGCUCGGUCGCCUCCUGUUGCGCCCGGGCUCCCUCCGCGACGUCAUCCACGUGCGUCACGGCCGCGGCCGCUGGAGCAUACAAACAAAGUCCGGGGGCGGGGCCUGUGCGGGGGGAGCGGCGGCCGGCCCGAUUGCUUUCGUUCGGCCUCCCUGCUGCCUAGCGCGACGCGUAUUGUUUGCGCCAACUCAGAUAUUACCAACCUCGGGAGGCACGGAGGGCCGAGGACCAGAGACCCGCACGCCUCCGCCGAUGUCCGUAGGCCUUCGGCCUUUUUCUGUAAGUGGUGUGCCGCCCCAUGAGGGACGGAGGACCGAGAGCCGGAGACGAACAGGCUCCGUCGUAAAUGCCUGGCCUUUGUACCAUGCCAGCAAUCACGCUCGCCGGGUCUGAUCGCUCUACAGACUCACUCAGGGCCGAGGACCGGAAAGCAGCAGGCCCCUGCUUGGGGGCUUUCUGCCUUCUUAUCUGUCUCGCCAGGCGCCGCCCCGCGAUGAACUGCAGACCGAGUGCCGGAGACCAACAGCCCGCGCGCAUUUGUGUGGGCUUUCUGCCCUCUUUCUUAUCUCGCCAGCUGCUGCCCCGCGAUGGACUGAGGGGGGGCCGUGGAACAAUUGGCCCCCUUUUUUUUGUGUGGGGGCUUUCUACCUUCUUUCCCCGUCGGAUCUUGCCCGGUGAUGGAGGGACCGAGGGCCGGAGGCCAACAAAGAAACUCCCUUUGAUGUGUGUUGGCCUUCUGCCUUCUUGCCUCGCCAUCUACUGCCUUGCGGUGGACUGGGGACCGAGGACCGGAGACCAGCAGGCCCCCUGUGAUGUGUGUGGGCUUUCUACCUUCUUAUCUCGCCAACUACUACCCUGCGAAGGACUGAGGACCGAGGACCGGGGACCAACAAACCCCCUCUGGUGUGUGUGAGCUUUCUCCCUUCUUCUCUCGUCGUCUUUCUAUUGCCUUGGGAUGGACUGAGGACCGAGGACCGGAGACCAACAAGCCCCCUCUUAUGUGUAAGCUUUCUCCCUUCUUCUCUCGCUGUCUUCUAUUACAUCGGGAUGGACUGAGGACCGAGGACCGGAGACCAACAAACCCCCUCUCUUGGUGUGCGCGCGCUUUCUUCUUUCUUCUCUCGUUGUCUUCUAUUGCCUUGGGAUGGACUGAGGACCGAGGACCGGAGACCAACAAACCCCCUGUGAUGUGUGUGAGCUUUCCCCCUUCUUCUCUCGUUGUCUUCUAUUACCUUGGGAUGGACUGAGGACCGAGGACCGGAGACCAACAAACCCCCUUUGAUGUGUGUGAGGUGUCUCCUUUUGUGGAAGUUGAGUAGUUGAGUGGUGUCUGUUGUUGCUGCAGUUCUUGCUCAAGUAGAGAAAAAACACAAAUCACGAUGGUGCUGCACCUAUUCCGUACCAUGCCAAGAACAAGUAGGCGCGAGCACUGCUAAUAAUAUCCAAAACCAAAAAUAAAGCGAUAGACUGUAACCAACUAGUAGACCAAAAUAUGUUGUUGUAGAUGAUUCAAUUUCGUGUCAUUAUUACUGUUCCUAGUAUCAAAAUUACAAACCGCACGUAGCUACCGAAAAAAUAAAAUGUAGAAAUCGCGUCAACAUCGUCAGCCCAAAAAAUCCUGCUGUUAUUUUUCUUUUAUUAAUUUGUGCAGUUUCACAUCAACGGCGCAGUAUUGGCCGUUCUUUGCUUUUUUCACCAUCAGAAGUGCGAGUUGCGAGGAGCGGGGCGGCCCCCCUAACUAACUAACUAACUUGAGUCUUGUGCUGUAUCUAUGUAUCAUCUGGCCAAGAAUGACCUGCGAGCAAUGAAGAACGCAGUAUAUUAAUUGCACUUGUUUGCGAAAUAAAAUGAAGCACGAAGAUCUUAAUUUUGACUCACCUCCUUGUAAUGGAUCGCCACGGCAAAAUGCUGACGAGGUGAAAGAUAAAUGUGCCUGAUUUAAGUAUACUUUUUACGCAUGUUCAGACAGCUUUCAGUGCUCGUUCAAAGAAAAAGUGAGUACUUUGAUAUAGCAAAAACCUCGAGCAGGAGCCGUCGAGCUCGAUGAGGGGCUGAAGGU